AUGAAGACGUGGCUGUAUGAACUGAUACCGGACUCUGCGCUGCAGCUGGCUGGCUUCCAGGUCUACAGAGCGGACCACGACACAGAGCUUUCCGGCAAAACAAAAGGUGGAGGUUUCUCCAUCGUUCAUCAAUACAUUCAACGUUUUAAUGGAGUGUCUGGCAACAAGUCAGCUGCCAUCCGGAGAAGAUCUAAGACACCUGGAGUAAUAAUCACGCAGUAUGUAGUGAACAUGCCAGAAGGGAAAAGCACCCCAGAUUUCCAGUGUAAGCCAAUCCCAACAACUAUUAAAGAAGGGAAAUUAGCUGUUUUCAAGGCUGUGGUGACGGGGGAUCCAAAACCAGAGGUGUCAUGGAGAAGAUCUAAAGGGACUAUUUCAGACAAGGACAAAUUUCAGAGUAAAUAUGAUGAAUCGACUGGGGAGCAUAUAUUAGAGAUUCACAAAGUGUCUGCUGCAGAAACAGAUACAUAUAAAUGCUGUGCUGUGAACGAAUAUGGCAAAGCUGUCUGCACAGCAAUAUUAACUGUGACUGAGGCUUUGACAAGUCCAUCGGAUUUCAGAAAAUUGCUGCGGAAAAGUAAAGCAGAUGUGGAAACUGAUGAAAAAUUCUGGGACGCGAUGCUGAACGCUGACAGGAAAGACUACGAGCGCAUCUGUAGUGAGUUUGGUGUUGCUGACUUACAUUUGAUUCUCAAGAAACUGGAAGAGAAGAAGAAGGAGAGAGCGCAAAAGAAGUGGAAGGAUGGUGUGAUUCCCUCUGAUGAAGAUGCAACAGAGAAACACAGCCUUAAGAGCGCUGGGAGAACCAAGGAUUUUAGUAUCAAGGGCAUGAUGCAAAAGGACACAGGGUUCAGCCAGUUUGAUCAAGAGGGCAAUCUCCUCAAGACGGGGCUGAAUCAGGUGGACGAAGAGGUCAACUUCCUCCUUACAGAGUUUAAACUUUCCAAUGUGGACUUUGUUAUCAAAAUUCAGGAGGUUAAAGCUCAAGAAAGAGAGGAUGCACUCUUUGAGUGUGUCCUGACACACCCACUACCCAGGAUCACGUGGAUGGGCAAGGGCAACGUCCUAGAGAAUGGAGAGAAAUACAGCAUCACCGUGUCAGACCACAAACUGAUCCACAGGCUGCUGAUUAAUGACUGCAAGCAGUCGGACAAAGGAAUCUAUACUGCUGGGGCUGGCGUUACAUCCUGCAGUGCCUGGCUGGUUGUAGAAGCUGAGAGUGACCAUGCAUCAGCUGGUAAGAAGACAGCAACUACCUUGGCCGGUGGAGCACGGAUCGACCUUGAGAAAGUGGCCAAAGAGCAGCAAAUAAAGGUCCGAGAGGAGAUGGAGAAGAUUUUGGCGGCCGUAAAAGCAAAACACGAAGAAGGACAACUGAAAGAAGAAAAAACGUUAGCCUCUUGUGGAAAAGAUGGUGAAAUGGGUGGAGUCACUGGACCAGGUAAAAACAGCGGCGCAGUAAAGGACAAGGCAGCAAAAGCCAGUGCCCUCUCUGAUCCAACAGGGAGCAAAGGGAAAACAAAUGUCAAAACCUCAAGAGGAGAUGGCACAGAAAUAACAUUAGAUGUUUCAAGGUGUGUGACAAAAGAAGUGCAAUUGGUACCAGAUGACCCCAAGAACAAGAAACACACCAGAUCCGGUCAAGCGGACUUUGACAAGGUAACAGAAUCCAGCAGCAAACGUGCUGAUGUAGAGUUUAACCAGUUUCAAACCUUUGCCACAAGUCAAGAUGAAGCAACUGAUUCAGAUGGAAAUAAAGACUCUACCGGGUCUGUAAAAUGCCCAAGGCACACAAAGAAGGAAUGGAAACAACAUACAUCUGAUCCAGGACGUGACAGUAAUGAGAACGAGGACUCGGCCGGCCAGGUUAAGUAUUCAAGUUGUUCAAAGCAAAGCCAACAGGCACAGAAAGCAGUCAAUGGUGAAAGUGCAGGUUCUAAAGACCACAAUGAGUGUGACGAGACUGAAGAUGCAAAUGGCUCUGCCACACAGUCGAGACGUAGAAGACAAGGCCCACUGAUAGAAGAUGCGGUAAUUGAUCCAGGGGUUCAGUUCAUCUGUGGUUUGUCUGACGUCAGCGCUAUCAUCAAUGAGACUGCUGAGUUAGCAUGUAAGCUCAGCAGUGAAGACUGUGAGGGAGCAUGGUUCAGAGACGGCAAAAAGAUAUCACCAGAUGCCAAUUUCUCUAUCACUAAAGAUGGUGCGAUCCAUAAAUUGGUUAUAAUCGGGUGCAAAGAAGAGCACGCUGGGAAAUACCGUUUUGAGGCAGAUGGCCGUAAAACUGUGGCAAUGAUCAACGUCAAAGAUCCCCCAAGGUUUGACCCUGAAAACCUCCGUGCGUUCACCGAGCCUGUGACAGUUAAAGUGGGGCACAACUCCAUCUUCAAAGUGCAUUUUUUUGGCCAUGAACCCAUAAAGAUUCAGUGGUACAAAGAUGGAGAGGAGCUCCAAGAUGACAACAAUACAAAGAUUGAGAAAUCUCCAAGUCACAGCUGCUUGCUCCUGAGGAGGUGCCAGAGGAAGGACACGGGAGAGAUCAAGAUCAAGCUCAAGAAUGAACACGGCUUCAUUGAGGCCAUUUCACAGCUUAUUGUGCUUGACAAACCCACUUCUCCCCUGGGCCCUGCAGAGGUAACAGAGAGCUCAGCUACAUGUAUUGAAUUCAGGUGGAGGCCUCCAAAGGAUGACGGUGGCUCACCAGUGAUUAACUACAUAAUGGAGAGACAGCAGGUGGGCCGAAACACCUGGAAGAAAAUGGGGGACAUCCCAGGUGUCCCCAUCUACCGCGAUACAGGCGUAGAGCACGGCCGGAAAUAUUGUUACCGUAUCCGGGCAGUGACUGCGGAGGGUACAAGUGAAGAGAUGAAGACUGAUGAAAUACAAGCCGGCACACUAGCUUUUCCUGGGCCUCCAGCCACUCCAAAGGUGGUCAGUGCCUAUGACGAUUGCAUCAAUAUUUCCUGGACUUCACCAAGUAACAGUGGAGGUUCGCGCAUCCUGGGUUAUAUUUUGGAGAAACGCAAGAAAGGGAGUAAUCUCUGGACCGUUGUCAAUGCCUUAGAUGAACUAAUAAAAGAGAAAAAAUACGCAGUGAAAGAUGUUGUGGCAGGUUUGGAGUAUGAAUUCAGAGUUACUGCCAUAAACCUUUCAGGAGCUGGUGAAUACAGUAACCCAUCAGAGUUUGUUUUUGCACGGGAUCCCAAAAAGCCUCCUGGUAAAGUUACAAGCCUGAAGGUGACAGAAACUUCUUAUAACCACUUGGUCCUGACUUGGACAAAACCUGAGGAGAAACCAGAGAUACAGGAUGAAGCAAAAGGAUAUUUUGUUGAGAUCCGUCAGGCAGAGUGCCUCGAAUGGUCCCGCUGUAAUCCCAUCCCUAUCAUCACGACUUCCUUCGCUGUGAAAGGCCUUAAGUCCAUGGACAUGUACUGGGUGAGAGUGAUUGCAACUAAUGAUGGAGGAGAGGGUGCUCCAGAGGAGCUGCCCAACUAUGUCCUUGCAAUGCCCUCACCUGUGAGGCCAAAGUUCACAAACCACAAGAUGAAGAGUUUCAUGGUGGUGAGGGCAGGAAACUCUGUUAGGAUCACAGUGAACUUUGAGGCCUCCCCACAACCAGAUAUUAUGUGGGUAAAGGACAAUGUGCCAGUUACAAAGCGAGUUACAAUCAGUAACUCUGAUGGCUCAUCCCAGCUGCUGAUCCCCUCCUCUGAGCGCUCUGAUUCUGGCAUCUACUCCAUUUUGGUGAAAAAUCUUGCAGGACAGGAGACAUUCAGUACAGAGGUCCGGGUCACAGAUGAUCCAAAGCCUCCCGGACCGGUAGAUCUGGAGGAAAACGUGCCCGGCACAGUGACAGUGAUCUGGGAGCCUUCUCCUGAUGAGAAGCGUGAUGACCGCCUCCACUACACAGUGUCAAAACUGGACUCGACUAAACACACAUGGAGCACAGUGGCUGACAGACUCUUCAAUAACAAGUUCACAGUCUGCAAUAUCAUGCACGGGAGGGAAUAUAAUUUCCGGGUCUAUGCCAAAAAUGACAUGGGCAUAUCUGCACCCUCUGAGUCACCAACCUGGGGAAUGGAGAAGAAGAAAGAAAAGUUUGUGGUGAGCAUACCGAACAGAAAGGACUGCGAUUUGCGAUGUGCUCCAACCUUCAUUGUACCUUUGAAGCUUCACACUGCACCCAAAGGCUAUGAAUGCUAUAUGAGCUGUGCCGUGAAGGGAAAUCCCAAACCUCGUGUCACUUGGUAUCAAAAUCACAUCAGCUUAAACACUAAUACCAACUAUUAUAUCUCUGACACCUGUGGAGUUUGUUCCAUGUUAAUUCUCCACGUGGGCCCCAGAGACAUGGGAGAGUAUACCAUCAUUGCAGAGAACGCACUCGGACGGGCUGAAUGCUCCACCGUCCUCAGUGUCAGAGAGUGAAGAAACUAAAGGCACCACAAUUUGUGCAGUAUUUAUUUAAGUUUAGAGACAAUGCUUAUCACAUGAUGUUUGAAUUGAAGUGGUUGUGCUGCUUGGAUGUAACACACCAGCUGCAAUAAAAAAUGGAAUAUUGUAUUUAUUGGACUGCUACUUAAAAAUAAAAUUUCUCAAUUCAAA